AUGGUUCUCAAGUUCAUGGUUCUCAAGUUCAUGGUUCUCAAGUACAUGGUUCUCAUGUACAUGGUUCUCAAGUUCAUGGUUCUCAGGCUCAUGGUUCUCAGGUUCAUGGCUCUCAUGUUCAUGAUAUUCAUGCUCAUGGUUCUCAUGCUCAUGAUUCUCAUGUACAUGGUUCCCAUGUUCAUGGUUCUCAUGCUCAUGGUUCUCAUGCUCAUAGUUCUCAUGUUCAUGGUUCUCAAGUUCAUGGUUCUCAAGUUCAAGGUUCUCAAGUCCAUGGUUCUCAAGUUCAUGGUUCUCAAGAUCAUGGUUCUCAUGUCCAUGGUUCUCAUGUUCAUGGCUCUCAUGUUCAUGGUUCUCAUGCUCAUGGUUCUCAUGCUCAUAGUUAUGGUUAUUGUUAUGGUUAUUGUUAUGGUUCACAAGUACAAGGCUCCUGCCAGGAACCUGGUUUUCACCAGGAUUUAG